AUGGGAAUUCAUAAGCUUUGUGAAGUUAUAAGAGAAAGAGCUCCUCAGGCCAUUUCACAGACACAAAUCGGGAAGUAUAGAGGUUGGAAAGUCGCGAUUGAUGCAAGUAUGAUUCUUUAUCAAUCUUUAGUAGCAAUUAGAUAUGGAAAAGAUAGUCUUACUAAUGCCCAAGGAGAAACAACUGCCCAUAUACAAGGGAUUCUUUAUAAGACCGUGAACUUACUGGAGAAGGGAGUUACUCCCCUUUUUGUGUUUGAUGGGGUUGCGCCGGAUCUCAAAACAGAACUUCUAGAUAAGCGGAAAGAAAGAAAAGUACAAGCUGAGAAAGCUUUACAACUGGCAGAGGAUCUGCAAGAGAUAGAAAAACUCGCUAAAAGAACAGUUAGAGCCACUAAGUACCAUGUUGAUUCGGCCCAGGAACUUCUAAGGUGUUUGGGCGUACCCUAUCUAGUAGCACCAGGCGAAGCCGAAGCCUACUGCUCCAUUUUGAACAGCACGGGCAUAGUUGAUGGUGUGGUUACUGAAGACAUGGAUGCACUAGCUUUUGGGGCCAAAGUACUACUGCGUAACUUCCUACCGGCUUUAAUGAAGAAAGGGUCUAUAAUGGAGAUUAAACUCGACCGUGUACUAGCUGAUAUGAAAUUAGACCAGGACUCGUUUGUUGAUCUAUGUAUUCUGCUUGGAUGUGAUUAUUGCAAAAGCCCUAAAGGUGUCGGCCCAAAAAAGGCAUUUGAGCUCAUUCGUGAUUUCAAAAGUAUCAACAAUCUUAUCGCCAAUAACAAAAUCAGUGCUGAAAACAGUUCAAUCUAUAAAGAAGCCAAAGACUUAUUCUUCCUGGAAGAGCCAUCCACCCAUAUUCCCACCACUCUUACCCCUCUCAAGCCUGAAGAUUUAACGACCUUCCUUGUUCAGCAGAAUAACUUUGAUCCGACUAAAGUAAGUAAUGUGAUUGCCCGUAUGGAGCGCAUUCAGCAAACCAAGCCACAAAAAGGCUUACUGGCUUUCUUUAAGCCCAAAUAA